AUGCUUCCGCGACUCCUCACGCGACCGUCGCUGGUCUGCUCGCGCUGUAGCCUCGUCCGCAACCAGUACCGCUCGCCAUGGCUGCCGCAGCAUCCGACGGCCACGACGUUUCAGCUGCUGCAGACGUCAGCGAUCCGUAGACAGCAGGAUGCGAAGAAGACCACAGCCACGACGACAACUACAACUACAAAAAAGCCGGUAGAUCCCCUUGCGCUGCCGGAAAAGACGACCGCCGAGCAGCGCAAGGUCGACUGGGCCAUUAUGAAGGAAAUGUCGCGGAAUCUCUGGCCAAAGGAUAACUUGGGCACUAAGCUGCGCGUGGGCCUUGCCGUGUCGCUGCUCAUUGGUGCCAAGGUGCUGAAUAUCCAAGUACCGUUUUAUUUCAAGAGCAUCGUGGACGCUAUGAAUAUUGAUGUAGCGGCUGUAGGAGGCACGGCGACAACGAUUGCAGGUGCUAUGAUUAUCGCCUACGGCGCAUCGAGGAUAGGCGCCACGGUGUUCCAGGAAUUCCGUAACGCCGUCUUUGCGUCGGUGGCCCAGUCGGCUAUUCGUAAAGUCGCUGCCAACGUCUUCCAUCACCUGCUGCGUCUAGACUUGAGCUUUCACCUGUCCAAGCAGACGGGCGGUCUGACCCGCGCCAUUGACCGCGGUACCAAGGGCAUUAGCUUCUUGCUGACAAGCAUGGUCUUUCACAUUGUCCCUACGGCGCUUGAGAUUAGCAUGGUCUGCGGCAUUCUCACGUGGCAGUAUGGUGUCAAGUUUGCGGCCGUCACGGCGCUGACCAUGGUGGGAUACACGGCGUUUACCAUCUGGACGACAGCGUGGCGCACAAAGUUUCGCAGACAGGCCAAUGCGGCAGACAACAAGGCGUCGACUGUCGCCGUGGACUCGCUCAUCAACUACGAGGCUGUCAAGUACUUUAACAAUGAAAAGUUCGAGGUUGCCCGCUACGACAAGGCCCUGCAGCAGUACGAGAAGAGCUCCAUCAAGGUCGCCACGUCACUGGCCUUUCUCAACAGCGGCCAAAACAUCAUCUUCUCGUCCGCGCUCACGGCCAUGAUGUACUUUGCCGCCGAGGGUGUUGCACAGGGCACCAUGACAGUUGGCGACCUCGUCAUGGUCAACCAGCUCGUCUUCCAGUUGUCCGUGCCGCUCAACUUCUUGGGCUCUGUCUACCGUGAACUGCGCCAGUCGCUGCUCGACAUGGAGACGCUGUUCAACCUGCAAAAAGUCAACGUCAGCAUCGACGACAAGCCCGGCGCCAAGCCCCUUGCUCUGACCAAGGGCGGCGAGAUUCGCUUCGAGAACGUCAACUUUGGAUACCACCCCGAGCGCCCAAUCUUACAAAACUGCACCCUGACCAUCCCUGCCGGUAAAAAGGUGGCCAUUGUCGGCCCCAGCGGGUGCGGCAAGUCGACGCUGCUGCGCCUGUUGUUCCGCUCGUACGAUGUGGGCAGCGGCCGCAUCUUGAUUGACGACCAGGAUAUCCGCGAUGUCACUGUCGAUUCGCUGCGCAAGGCGAUUGGUGUUGUUCCCCAAGAUACGCCACUGUUCAAUGACACGGUUGAGCAUAAUAUCCGCUACGGCAGGAUCGACGCCUCGCGCGAGGACGUUAUUGCUGCAGCCAAGCGCGCCAAGAUUCACGAUACGAUUGAAAAGUUCCCGGAUGGCUACGACACGAAGGUGGGCGAGCGCGGUCUCAUGAUUUCUGGUGGCGAGAAGCAGCGUCUAGCGAUGAGCAGAUUGUUGCUCAAGGAUCCUCCUCUGUUGUUCUUUGACGAGGCGACUAGUGCGCUGGAUACGCAUACGGAGCAGGCGCUCAUGAUGAACAUUAAUGGUAUCUUGCGCGAAAAGGGCCGAACGAGCGUCUUUGUAGCGCAUAGAUUGCGCACGAUUUUCGACUCGGAUUUGAUUAUUGUGCUCAAGGAAGGCCAUGUUGCGGAGAUGGGCACGCAUAGAGAGCUGAUUGAUCGUGGUGGUGUCUAUUCUGAGCUCUGGAGUGCCCAGGAGACUCUGUUCAAUGAAGACGGCACGGAGCGUGAGGAAAAAGAGGGUGAAGAGAAAAGCGGCAGGGCUGAGUAG